CAGCAGGAGUCAAGUAGAGGUAUUUUGGUGGACUGAGAAGUUCCCAUGGGAGGAGCAGGAAUAAAUAGAACAAAGGGCCUCCCAAGGACCUGUAGUCAGGGAGUGAAUCUCCACUUGAAACAAGAAGCCAGGCAGAAUGUCCAGCCUGGGAGGUACUUUUCCAGAGAAGCCUGAGGCACUAACGCAGCCUCAGAGCACGUACUGAGAGUCAUAAGAAGCACAAUCUGUUCUCACCAUGCUUCAGCGGAUGUUUGCGGGAGCACUGGAUCAUAUGCUGGAGGCCGGAGCUCUGCUGUUGGCAGCUGCCUCGUUGGGCCUGGUGCUGCUGACACUGCUGCUCCUGCACAGAGGCUGGGCCUGGGGCCUCCUUCUCAUCGCCUGCUGCGAGUACGUUGUGCAGCCCAUCCAUGACCUGCUCAUGGGCAACAGCAAGGAGCAGCGCAUCUUGCACCACAUGCUAGAGCAUGCCAAGGCGGGGGAUCCACAGAGUGUGCUGGAGGUCAUUGACACCUACUGCUCGCAGAAGGAGUGGGCCAUGAAUGUGGGCGACAAGAAAGGCCAGAUCAUGGAUGCCGUGGUGCGGGAGUACCAGCCCUCGGUGCUGCUGGAGCUGGGGGCCUACUGCGGCUACUCGGCCGUGCGCAUGGGCCGCCUGCUGGCGCCUGGUGCCCGGCUGCUCACCAUCGAGCUCAACCCUGACUACGCUGCCAUCACCCAGCGCGUGCUGGACUUCGCGGGCCUGCAGGACAGGGUAACAGUUCUGGUCGGGGCGUCCCAGGACAUCAUCCCCCAGCUGAAGAAGAAGUAUGACGUGGACACGCUGGACAUGGUUUUCCUCGACCACUGGAAGGAAUGCUACCUGCCAGACACGAUCCUCCUGGAGGAACAUGGCCUGUUGCGGAAGGGGACCGUGUUGCUGGCCGACAACGUCAUCUGCCCGGGAACACCAGACUUCCUGGCACACGUGCGCGGGAGCAGCCGCUUUGAGUGCACACACUACCCCGCCUUCCUGGAGUACACGAAGGUGGUGGACGGCCUGGAGAAGGCCAUCUACAUGGGCCUGGGCAGCCCGGCGCAGCCUUGACGGCCCGCCCUGCUCUGCGCUCCCUCGCCAGCCUGGUUCUGAAGGGCACGAUGGACGUGCUCCCACUAACCCUACUUCUGCGGUCCUGGGGUCUGUCCUUAAAUGCAAAGCAUGCUGCAGGCCUGAGCCCUGCCCACGUUAACCUCUCGGUGCUGCAGCUCCACGCUGUCUUUUCUUUAACGACAAAUCCCAGGCUCUUUACUAAAAUCAGCUAGCUGUAAUAAUCUUA